AUUUGUUUUUGCUAAAUCCUUCCAAACCACAAGGUGGCAGCACCGUCCGCGCUACCGCCAUUACAGGCGCAGAAGAAGACUGCUGCCGGAAGGACAGGGGCUUUCGGAAGGACGGAUUUCUGCCGACUGGAACCGAACCGGGAAAGAUGCUGACCAAUAUCUCCAAUGUGUUGAGAGCUUGUGCUCAGAGGAAUGGCGCUGCAGCUGCUGUGUCCGCUCGCUCCUAUGCAGACUUCACAACCCAGGCUACUUUUGAAAUAAAGAAAUGUGAUGUCCACAAACUGGAUGAGGCUCCAGCCACUGAGGUGGUGAUGACUCGGGAGGAGGGCUUGAAGUAUUACCACACCAUGCAGACCAUGAGGCGGAUGGAGCUGAAGGCUGACCAGCUGUACAAGCAGAAGAUCAUCAGAGGGUUCUGCCACUUGUAUGAUGGCCAGGAAGCCUGUGCUGUUGGUAUCGAAGCGGCGAUUAACCUGACCGAUCACCUGAUCACUGCGUACCGGGCCCACGGCUACACCUACACCCGGGGAGGCACUGUGAAGGAGAUUAUGGCUGAACUCACAGGCAGAAGAGGAGGCAUUGCAAAGGGCAAAGGAGGUUCUAUGCACAUGUACUGUAAAAACUUCUACGGUGGAAAUGGAAUAGUUGGAGCUCAGGUUCCUCUUGGUGCCGGCGUUGCCCUGGCCUGCAAGUAUCAGGGCAAUAAUGAGCUUUGUGUCUGUCUGUAUGGAGACGGUGCUGCCAACCAGGGUCAGAUUUUUGAAACCUACAACAUGGCAUCUCUGUGGAAGUUGCCCGUCAUCUUCAUCUGUGAGAACAACAGGUACGGCAUGGGAACCUCAGUGGAGCGAGCUGCAGCCAGCACAGACUACUACAAGAGAGGAGAGUUCAUUCCUGGACUUAGGGUUGAUGGGAUGGACGUUCUGUGUGUUCGUGAAGCAACGAGGUUUGCAGCAGAUCACUGCCGGUCUGGCAAGGGCCCCAUUCUGAUGGAACUGCAGACAUACCGCUAUCAUGGUCACAGCAUGAGCGAUCCUGGCGUCAGCUACCGGACCCGUGAGGAGAUCCAGGAGGUCCGCAGUAAGAGUGACCCCAUCUCUCUGCUGAAGGAUCGUCUCCUCAGCAACAACAUGGCGAGUGUGGAAGAGCUGAAGGUGAUUGAUGUGGAGGUGAGGAAAGAAAUUGAAGACGCUGCUCAGUUUGCCACCACAGAUCCAGAGCCGCCUCUGGAAGAGUUGUGCAAUCACAUCUUUUCCAACAAUCCACCCGUGGAGGUGCGUGGCACGAACCCCUGGGCCAAGCUCAAGUCCGUCAGCUAAAUCUUUUGUUCUUCUUCUGCUUCAGCCAAUAGCAUUUUCAGUACCCAUUUUCUCUGUAAGUAAAUCAAUAACAGCUACCAGAUUUCUCACAUCGACACAGAUUUAUGGCUCUGCUUCACUUCUUACAAAUCUUCUUUGAGUUUGUAGAACACUCUCCAUGUUCUUGACACUGCUGUGAUGUAUGCUGACCCUUUUGUCAUCAAUUUAAAAUUUUACAGAAAAACACAAAUUAUGUUUUAUAACUUUGAUAAAACACAAAUUGACCUCAAGUUCAUUUUAUCCCAUUGUAUCAGUGAGUUUUUUUCCUUUUAUUUUACUUUAUCUAUUUAAAAUCUCAUAACUUCACCUUUUAUUUUUUAUUUUUUUUAAUGUACUGAAGUACUAAUAAUGGUGGUAACUGUGUAAAAUGUGUUUGAAGCAUUCUGUCAUCAAUCCCGGCUCCUGUGUUUAGCAGGUUUAGUCCUCACAUGUACAGGAAUAAAUCUGAAAUAAAAAGUAACGUUACUCUUCCUCUCAAAAACACAUCGUGUCCAAAACAUAUUUUACUUGACUUUGUAUCCAUGGGGACUAAAGAAUAAACAGAGACAUGAGAAAAGGCAGCAUAGGAAUGCUAGUCAUUUUGAAAAAAACAGUGUUUUCUUUUUGUGUAUAAAAAGGGGGGAUGAAAACACAUACAUAUAUUUAUUUUGCCAAACCAAAGAUGUGCCUGACAGACCUGCAGCUAUGAAGAGAAAGAAUGAGGUUCUGAAGCAGGACUGGGCUGUUUACAUCUAAGUUAAUUUGAAAAAACCCAAAUUUAAAGCUCAAUCAGUGUUUUUGUUGUUAAUAUUUUAAAAAAUGUCAUUGAAUUCCCCAUAGCAACAGCAGGAAAUGUAAACAUGGUUAUGGCAGAUAACUGAUGUACAUACAUCUAUGUGAAUUUUCCUUUUCAAACCUAAGAGACAUGAGGUGUUAUGUUUUUAGCCCUUCUGUAGCUGACUUUGAAUUUCACAUUAAUAGUUUAAUAAAAACCUUUUUUUUUUAAAGACAGGUUCAUGUUGAACAUUUUAUGAAACCCUUAGUGAGACUAUAGAAGCA